AAUUCAUUUUAUCAACUGUUUUGUCUCUUAGAGAUCUCUUCCCAUGUGGGGAUUCCAUGGUUUGCAUCAUUGAUGAUAGAGAGGAUGUUUGGAAGUUCGCACCCAAUUUGAUAACUGUGAAGAAAUAUGUGUACUUCCAGGGGAUAGGAGAUAUUAAUGCACCUCCUGGAUCAAGAGAAAUUCAGAUGAAGAAGAAAGUAAACCACUCUACAAAACCAGAGGCACUGGAUUCAGCAGUGACAUCAGCAAAAGAUGUUGAAGAAAUAAAGAAUGUUACAUGUGCAGAAGAGCAAAGCAACGGACUCAAGAAGGCUUCAAAGGACACUUGCACUGCGAAUGGAAGUUCUUCUGUAAGCAGUGACAUGUCUGACUGGGACAUGAACUCUCGCGAUAAAGUUAAGACCCAGGACUCCUUAAAUGAUAGCACUGGUCACAAAGCGGACGGUGAAGUCACUAAUGAUUUGACAAAGACAAAAGAAUCUCCAGUUUUUUCAGAACAAGUUGAUAGAACAGUGGUAGAGAAGCAGCAAACCCAAGGCAAGACAACAAAUGACUUGGACUUUGAACUGUCUAGUGACAGUGAAAGUGAUGGCGGAGUGGAGACCAGAAAGUCAUCCACUUCUGUAUCAGAUAGUGAGAAUGAGGAAAAGAGAAGCUGGAAGAAAUCCAAACAGCCUCUGCAGGAUGAAAAUUUGCAGCAAGGGAGUUGCACUGACGCAAGUGAGAAAAAGGAUGGUCUGGUGAACCAUUCUGGGGACGCGCAAUCUCUACCUAAUGAAAAUAUUCAUGACAAAACCGAUCUUGAAGCACAAGAAGAGAGUGAACAGGAAAGCCUUUGUGAUUUAGGAAAUGGAUGUGCAGACAAGAAAGAAGCUGAAACAGAGUCUCAGAAUAGUGAACAGUCUGGAAUUACAAUGGGUGAGUCCUUAGACCAGAGUAUGGAGGAGGAAGAGGAGGAGGAUGAUACGGAUGAUGACGACCACUUAAUAUACCUCGAAGAGAUCCUUGUGCGGGUUCACACUGAUUAUUACACAAAGUAUGAUAAAUACCUGAAAAAAGAGAUUGAGGAAAUUCCAGACAUCAGAAAAAUAGUACCAGAACUGAAAAGUAAAGUGUUGGCAGAUGUAACCAUAAUAUUUAGCGGACUCUACCCAACCAACUUCCCCAUUGAGAAAACACGGGAACACUAUCACGCCACAGCACUUGGAGCUAAAAUCGUGAAGAAUCUGGUACUGAGUGCUGAUGAUCCUGACAAAGCAACACAUCUCAUAGCAGCAAGGACAG